AUGGCCGAAACAAACGCCGCUCCAGAUGGACCUUCGAACAAGCGAUCUCGGUCCCAGCUGGAGGAAGAGUCGCAAGAAAAUGACGAAGUGUCAUCCUCAGAAGAUGAUUAUGGCCCAGCCCUGCCCACGGCGCAGCCAAAGAAGAAGCGAAGGAAGCUGCCGUACGAGAAGCUCUACAUUAAUGCUCUGCCUGCAUCACCGCGGUACUCAAAGUCGUUGAUGCACAAGGAGCAGCUUUCUUUCGUCGUCGUUACACCUCAGACGGACUUUCUGAUAACCAGCUCGAUCGAUGGAGUGGUCAAGUUUUGGAAGAAGAUGGCGGUCAGCGUGGAGUUUGUCAAAGAAUUCCGUGCUCACUUGGGCGAAAUUAAGAGCGUCAAUGCUAGCGCAGAUGGUCGAAGCUUUGCCACGGCGGGCACGGAUAAGACGGUGAAGAUAUUUGAUGUUGUUACGUUCGAUCUUCUGUCUGUCCUCAAUCUUGAUUUCGUCCCCGGAUGCGUCUGCUGGGUGCACCCUAGAGGGGCGUCAUUGCCCCUCCUUGCUGUGUCCGGUGAAUCGGCCAACGAUAUCCACAUUUUCGACGGGCGAGGGGAGAACCCUACGCCCCUUCAUAUUUUGUCGUCCAUCCAUCGAGCUCCCGUCGUUGCCAUGGCGUUUAAUAAUACCUAUAACUGCGUCGUAUCGGCCGAUAACAAAGGCAUGGUAGAGUAUUGGCGUCCAGAAGGCACUUUUGAGAAACCCGAUGGGCUAUUCGAUCUCAAAUCUUCGACCGAUCUAUUCGCAUUUAGAAAAGCCAAGUCGUCGCCUGUGUCCAUCACGUUCUCCGCAUCCGGCCAUCAGUUUGCGACAUUUUCUUUCCCUGACCGCCAAGUGCGAAUAUUCGACUUUCCGACGGGAAAGCUAUACAGAUCCUACGACGAGUCUCUCACGACUCUUACAGAGAUGCAGCAAGCGGGCACAGCUUUACAGAAGCUGGAAGAAGUCGAGUUCGGUCGUCGAAUGGCUGUCGAACGUGACCUCCAAAACCCCGUGGUUGCCCCAAAGAUCAACGUGAUAUUCGAUGAAUCAGGGCACUUCGUGAUGUACGGCUCCAUACUAGGGAUCAAAUGCAUCAACACUUUCACCAACCGAGUUGUAAAAGUGUUUGGAAAGGAUGAGCCGUUCCGCGCCCUUAACUUGGCCAUCUAUCAAGGCCAGCCGCAGAAAAAGGGCGUUGUCAGCGUCUCCAUGGCCGCCAGCGCCAAUCCCCUCCUCCAAGAAGCCGAAGAACGUGACCCAAUCCUGGCCUGUACGGGAUUCGCCAAGGUCCGCUUUUACCUCUUCACCAACGAAAUCGAAAUCUCAAAAUCAACACGAGACAUACAAAACGAGAAGCCACGGCACGAUCGGGACGCCGCUCAGGCCGCCGCGGCUGAAAAACAAGCUGAAAUGGGCACUUCUGCCAUCCUCCACACCACCAUGGGCGACAUCCAUCUCCGGCUCUUUCCGUCCGUCGCGCCAAAGGCGGUAGAGAACUUCGUCACGCAUGCUCGCAACGGGUAUUAUAACAACACCAUCUUCCAUCGGGUGAUUCGCAAGUUCAUGAUCCAAGGCGGCGACCCGCUCGGUGACGGGACGGGUGGAGAGUCCAUAUGGGGAGGGGAGUUUGAGGAUGAGUUUUCCUCGCUGAAGCACGAUAAGCCGUAUACAUUGUCGAUGGCGAACGCGGGGCCGAAUACGAACGGGAGUCAGUUUUUCAUCACGACGGAGAAGACGCCUUGGUUGGAUGGACAUCAUACGAUAUUUGGCCGGGCUGUGAAGGGGUUGGAUGUGGUGCAUCGGAUUGAGAAUGUGAAAACGCAUAAGGAGAAGCCGGAGGUGGAUGUGAAGAUCGUUAGUAUCAGUGUUAGCUAG